UGAUUAAAAUACGUGAAGAAACCUCUCUAGCCACCACACUGUUACCGACCUUUGUUGUAGUGGACAUGGUAGCAAAACUGUAGCGACUCUGCAACUUUUGAUGGGUUCCUGCUUCAGCAAGCCCAUUACCGAGGCAGAUCGCCGCACUAACACUACAGAUGAUAGAUCUGAGUUGCCUGCACCGGUGCUACCUCACCAGUCAACGGGUAUAAAUCCGAUUAAAUCUAGCUCAUCUUCUGAUAAGGAGAAUCAAAUUCAUGCACCUGCACAGCUAUCUCACCAGUCACCGGUUAUAGAUCCAAUUGAAUCUAGCUCAUCUUCGGAUGAGGAGGAGAAUCAAAGUCAUGCAUCAGCCUCUGAGAAUGCUCAAAGAUAUGAGAUGAAGCAAUAUGGUUUUAGACAACUAGCAGAGGCAACUGACUUUUUCUCCAAUAACUGCCUCCUUGGCGAGGGUGGUUUUGGUCAAGUCUUUCAGGCAACCAUAGAUGGUGAAGUGGUUGCUAUCAAGAAACUUAAAAAAAUAAAGCUGGAAGAUAAAUUGGAGGAGAGUGAGUACCUAAGCUGUGUGAGUCACCCAAAUAUUGUUAAGAUGAUUGGUUACUGCAGUAAUGGAGCUGAUAAAUUGCUUAUUUUAGAGUUUGUUCCCAAUAAUACCUUGACACAUCAUUUACAUGAAGAAAACAAUAUUUUGGGGUGGUCAACGAGAAUGAAAAUUGCCAUACACUCUGCAAAAGGGUUGCAAUAUCUACAUGAACGCUGUAAAAUUAUACAUCGGGACAUCAAAGCAGAUAAUAUUCUUCUUGAUAAUAAUUUUGAACCAAAGGUUGCCGAUUUUUCUCUAUCCAAUUUUUUGCCAAAUACUGGUAAUGUUAGCCACAUUACCAGUACAUUGAGAGGAACUAAUGUUUAUGUAGAUCCAGAGUUCGGUGAUAUUCAAAGAGUAUCGGAAAAGUCAGAUGUUUAUUCUUUUGGCGUCGUACUUUUAGAAUUAAUUACGGGAAAAAAACCUUCUGAUAAACAAGGCAAUACCAUUAUUAAUUGGGCUAAGGAGCGAAUUGGACAAGUAUUGGACAAUCAUAAGUAUUCCGAUCUCGUGGAUUCCAGAUUGCAAGGAGCGUACAACAAGGAGGAGAUGGGAAGAAUGAUUUGUUGCGCUGCAGCUUCAAUAUAUAAACCUUCCCGCUCUCGACCAAUAAUCAAACAGAUAAUUAAAGUUCUUCAAAGACGUAUGUCUCCCCAGAAGAUAAUGGAUGAGAAAGACAUCUUUACUCUGCAAGGACGGGCUACUACUAGUCUAGAAUCUGUAAUUAGCAUUGAGAGGACACGAACUACUGCGCCGAUAAUCUUUACUUAUAGAGAACUAGCAGAUGCAACCAAUUAUUUCUCCAACCACAACCUCCUUGGCGACGGUGGUUUGGGUCUAGUUUAUAAGGGAAAGCUUUCAAAUGGUGAAGUCGUUGCAAUCAAGAAGCUUAGAGAGUGGAAAAGUGACUUUGAGGCAGAGAUCCAGAUCAUUCACCGCACCAGUCACAGAAAUCUAGUCAAGCUGAUCGGAUAUUGCUUUGAAGAAGCCAAUAUGCUGCUUGUUUCUGAGUUUGUUCACAACAAAUCCUUGAGAUCUCAUUUACAUGGGAGAAACAAAAAGACAAUGGAUUGGUCAAUCAGAAUGAAAAUUGCCAUAGGUGUUGCAAAAGGAUUAGCAUAUUUGCACGAAGCUUGUACUCCUAAGAUCUUACACAGGAAUAUCAAUAUGGACAAUAUCCUUCUUGAUUAUGAUUUUGAACCAAAGAUAUCAGAUUUUGGACUUGUCAAAGAAUUGCCCUAUUUUUCCACCCGUAUUUCCUUCGAUACACUGGGAUCCGCGGCCUACUUUGCUCCAGAGUAUGUCGGUGAUGGGAAAUUCACUGGGAAAUUCACUGACAAAUCCGAUGUGUUUUCCUUUGGAGUGGUACUUCUGGGGUUGAUCACCGGGAAACCACCUGUGGUAAAGGAAGUCGGCAUUAAUAUUCUAUCGAGUAUGCAGGUAGUGCCUCAACUCAAACAAGCAUUGGACACUCAUAAUUAUAAAGAUAUUAUUGAUGUCAAAUUACAAGCUUAUGAUACAAAUGAAAUUAUUAGAAUGAUUUAUAGUGCUGCGGCUUGUGUGUACAAACCUGCAAUGUAUCGUCCAAAAAUGAGCCAGAUUGUUGAAAUCUUACAGGGAAAAUUAGCAUUGGAAAGUAUUUGGCUAAACAGUGACAACAGUUUCCUUAAGAAUGGGGCACCUUAUCUACCGUUUUAGCCGUGGGAAUCUUAGAUUUAGGAUCCACAUCGUCAUCAAUUCUUACGUUGCUCCUGUAUCUUCAAAUUUGGGUUAUCAACCAUCAAAACUGGGAAUUUAUCUCGCCCGCCUCCUUUGAUUUAAAUUGGUUUUUAUAUAUAUAUUUUUUUGUUAUUUGUUUGUGGGUUUGAGUUGUGAUCAUUAUAACUCCACUCUUUCUCUUUAUUUGGGAUUUUUGUUAGGAACUUCGAGUAUGUUUCUUCGUGGCUUGAUCUUUGUGGUUUGAUUGUGAUUAUCUUACUUUCCGUUUCAAUGUGGCUUUCAUUUUCUGUGUCUCUAUGCUAUUUGGUUUUGGUUUCA